AUGAAGACGGCUCCUCACCACCACCAUGCGCCUGUUCCCUUUCGCCCGUUUCUCAUCGCGGCUCUCAUCUGGCUCGCCAGCCUCGUCACACUUGCACAAUCCCUCCACAUCCCGACUACCCCCAAGACCACAGACGUACAGCCACGGCAAUCCAACGAGACAGCCGCCCCGUCACCACCGUGGGCCGACCCGGCACUGCUGCAAGCACCGCCGACAUGCGUAGCCAACAACAGCAUCCCGUGCAUGUGGACGCCGUCGCGGCUCGACGACUGCUCGGCGACCAAGUGCACCACAGCCUUCGAGGGCGUGUGCAUGGAGCGGGCCAAGCGCGUCGACCUGUCGUGCCUGUGCACGACGCUCGCGAGCGACAACUGCGCUACGUGCACUUCGCCUAUCGAGCGCGCCGGCUACGACCACUGGCUCAACCUGACGUGCGGCGUGCUUCCGGCGUGGAAGGGCCUCCCCCAGAACUGGACCGCUGGCUUCACGUCGCUCGAGCUCGUGCAGAUCGGCCGGGGACAGGACCGCACCGGCACCUGGGGCGUCUCGAAGUGCAACGCGUCGGCCGAAGUGGACCUCACGGACGACUGGGACACGCCGCAGUACAACAUGCCCAGCUGCAUGAGGGACGAGUGCUCGGCGCUGGAGCAGGGGUGGCGGCAGGCAAUGUACGACGGCCGCGACGCCGCGUGGGCGAAUUAUAGUGUCGGCCAGCCGGGCAGCACGUUUAAUGCUUCGUGCGGCGUGUUCCUCGGCCGGUCCGGCGUCUGCGGCUCGGUCUACCGGGAGGCGCAGAAGGACUGCAGCCGGAUGUGCCCGUCGCGCUUCGAGAAGACGCAGAGCCUGCUGUGGCUCAACGACACGUGCCACGGCGCGCCGUCCUUCAAGGGCCUGCCGGCCAACGCGCCGGCCGAUAUCGACGCCGGCGUGUCGGACAGCGCGUACGACCACCUGCCGGGCGACCUCGUGUUCCCCGAGUGCGCGAGCCAGGGCGCGUGCGGCGAGUCGCUGGCGGCGCGGAAGGCGGCGGCAUCGGACGUGUUCUGCGUCCUCGACGCCACGGGCCGGUACUGCAGCGGCAACCGGACCUUGGUGUCGUACGCCCGGUUCUGCGCCAACGUCAGCUACCCGGCAACGUGCGCCGGGUCCUGCGCCGGCUCGUACGGCCGCCACGACUGGCUGUGGUUCGUCAACAGCACGUGCGGCGCGGUGCCGGGCUGGGCCGGGCUGGCGGCCGGCUGGGCCGACCUGCUCGACGUGCAGCUGGCCGACGUCAAGCCGUGGGGCGACAUCGCCGUCAGCCACCGCCUCGGCGGCCCCGCCGAGGCGUGCCCCACGGCCGAGGCCAACAUCGCCGUCUUCGCGGCGGCCAACAUAGCCAUGCUGCUGUUCACGCCCAUCCUCGGCCGGCGCAAGGUGGUCGAGUGGCUGACGUUUGGGUGGCUCGGCGAGCCGCACCGCCGCAGCUGGACGUACAUGGGCCCGGCCAUGGCGCUGCUGCAGCUGCUGGCCAACACGGCCAACGCGCUCAUCAUCCGCGCGGUCCCGGGCUACGGGGGCGCCGACACCAAGACGCUGGUCAUGUUGUGGACAACGCGGCCGCGCAUGGCGUGGCUGGCUAUCCUGCUGGUGCCCUACCAGCGUGAGGACGCCAUGUACUUCUCGUGCGCGGCCACGAGCCUGAGCGUCGAGGUCAUCCUGCAGCUCAUCUCGAGCUACACGUUCGGCACCGUCGCCAACCACGCGCGGUGGCAGGGCUUCUACAACACCGACUCGUCCGACCGCCUUGGCCGAGUCGCCUUUGGCCGUGCCGUCCAGAUGAUGUACGGCGGCGCGCUGCUGUGGCUACUCGUCAUUGUACUCUGUCUUUGCAUGCUGUACUUGUCCGUGACGCGCGUCGAGAGCGCGCUCGAGUCGCUCCUCGGGUUUACGAGCCUCAACAUCGUGCGCGAGAAGCGGCGGCUGUGGCAGGCCAAGGCCGCCCGAGAAAGACUCGGCAAGGCGGAUCCGGCCGAGAAGGACUCGGGGGACGGGGAGAGCAAGACCAGCACAGACGAGACGAACAGUUCUACUGCUCUUGUAAUCCCUGCUACUGAAGCACCGGCCGCUGAAGAGGCCGCUCCCGCCACGCCCGCUCGUGAAGAAGCACCGGCCGCUGAAGAAGCCGCUCCCGCCACGCCCGCUCGUGAAGAAGCACCUGCCGCCGCCGAGGCAGCAGCACUGGAUAUUGAUAGUUACUACGACCCGCGGAUCAAAGGAUAUCGCCCGAUAUUGCGGACAUUGCGGGAUACAUCACAUCGUGGGCAGUACUAUCCACCACCAUCUGUGCAAUAUUCGUCACCACCUGUGCCAUAUUCGUUUCCACCACCUGUGCAAUAUUCGUUUCCACCACACCAUGCGACAUAUUCGCUUUCACCACAGCGUACGCCAUAUUCGUUUCCACCAUAUGCAUCGACCGUCCCUCCAGCCGCCCCUCCGGUGCCUCCCCGGGUGGUCGAGAGUGAGGAGGAACAUGUCAGCAAGUCAUACGACGCCCUGGUCAAGUCUCUCGAGGACAUGGUGCAGUGGGUCAGCACUGACAAGGUGCGGUGCGACAAGCUGUUCAAAGCCGAGGCCAGGGCACGCGGCAAGUCGCUUCCCUAUUCCACCCCAGCCAACAAGCCCACCAAAGAGCCCAGCCCGCCUCCGGCGACCGCAGCACCGCCCGACCAGAUCGCCACCGCCGAGACUGCAGCAGUGGCCCCAGCUCCCGCAACCUGGCAGGGCAGACUCAAAGCCCUCUUCACCAAAGCCAACAGCAUCUUCAAAGCCAACAGCAUCUUCAAAGCCAACAGCAGCAGCCCACCGCCUGCCAGCACGAAAAUCAAAAUCCUCUCGACGAGCGAUCUCUCCAAAGUCAGCUCGGAGCGGUACGAGCUCGAGAUAGCACUCGCGAGAACAGCGAGCCUCAACCUCGAGGAAGCCAGCAACUACAAGAUGGAAGCGGGUUCACGGCUCCGCGACAUCCUACGCCCCAGCCUGGCGCCGCCGAACCGCUUCCUGCCGCGGCCGGGCGGCUACUGGGCGCCGUGGGAGCGCGGCUGGUGGGAGACGUACCGGGCCGGCAAGCCGGGGCGCGACGAGGCCACGGAGCGGCGGCGCCAGACCAUGGAGCAUCUGGAGGCGCAGUGGGCGGCCGUGCAGAAGGCCUGGGACGCCAACGCCACGCGCCUCAGCCGAGACCGCUACGAGCUCACGGAGAAACACGGCAAGGAGCAGGAUGCCCGGAUCCAGCGCGCCAUCACGUUUGCGUUUGUUGGGAUGCUCGGGUGCUGGAUCGCGCAGUGGGUGUUCUGGGUCGGGUUUCUGAAGCUGUAUUCGGACCAGGGGUGAGCGGAUUGCAUGUGUGCCAUGUUGGGAGAGAGCUUUGCUGACGUCGUGACACGAACCAGGUACUGCCCGCCCAGGCUUGGGACUUUGGCUGUCAACUGGAUUGUCUUUUCUGUCUUUGGUGAGUCUGCCCGAGCCGCCGAAAACGUGCAUGUCGGAGAGUGAUCGAUUGACAAGUGUUAUCUUAGGUGUUUUCAUGGGCUCGAGUGUCUAAUUAAUGGGCUCGAGUGUCUAAUUAAUGGGCUCGAGUGUCUAUGUUGGAAUCACCAGGUACCGGUACUAGAAGCAAUAGGGCGUAGCUGUACGCCGAAAACUGGUGGUUCAAUUGUUGGUUGUUGAUGUCUAUCUAGAUCUAAGAAGGAAGGUGGAAGUGGCCUACGGCCACUUGUUUAGGUUCGGUGGCCCUGCGCCCCUGCGCCUCCACAG